AGAUGGAACGAUAUAUUGUUUAUGAAAGUAGUAGUUUGACAGAUCGUGCAUUCGACCAAAUAGAAAGAAAAACCCACAAUAUAUACUAUAUAUAUAAUCGAAUUGAAUAGAAAAAAGAUAAAUAACAAGUGAGUAGUAGGAACGGUUAAUAAGGAGAGAAAAAAAAUACCGUGCAGGAAACGUCAUUUGUUACAUUGAUACACAAUUUUACAAAGAAUGGAUUGCGCUACACCGUAGAAGAAUCUUCAAAACAUCAAACAGCAAACAACAUCAUAACAAUUCACUAUCGGCUAUCGCACAUAUCAAAUGCACGUAGCGCGAUUCAUCAAUGUGAUCGGAGAAACUAUGCACAUUAUCGAAAAUUAUUCCAAUUUACUGAAUUUAACACAUUAAACAAAAACAACAACACCAACCAUGAUGAUAUUCAAACACGACAUCAUACGGCUGGCAAUCAAUAACGGUCGACAGCUGUACAUCAUUCGGGAUUAUCACAAUAUUACUCGAAAAAGCAUUCUGACCAAAGCCCUCCACCGCAAUGAACACAUGAAAACCAUAUUUGGCGAAUUACUUUUAACCAAUAGACGAUUCGAUACAAUUUUCGGUAACUUGCAACGUUUCUCGACAUCACAAAUCAAUGGCUGUAACAAAAAUGAUGAUCAAAUGGGUUCAAAGCCGAUCCCAAAAUCAAAUGAGUCAAGUGAAGUGAUAAAAUUGUCUGGAACUGGGGUGUCAAAGCACGGUAAAAUUGAAGCAUCACUGGAAAAGAGUCCGUUGGAAGUGACAACCAAAGCGGGCAAAUUAAUUGUAUCGGCCGUUGAAGAUAUGAAAAAAGAGCCACAAAAAGCAUUAGCCAAUUUAGCACCAAAUCAAUUGACAUCCGCACAGCAACCAAAAUCCAUUGAACUUCUCACGAAAAAUGGAACGCUUCUGGUGCACGCAACCACAAAAGACGAUAAACUCGAUAACAUUGUGUUAGAACAAAUAACCAAGAAAAAUGAGUCAAAAUCAAAGGCAUCGCCGGGUGAUAGUGCUGGUGGUGUUGGCGCCGAUCGAGCAUCGGCAGCUGCAACAUCAAAACCGGAACGACGAGAACGUGUUGACUUUAGUCGAUCAUCGCUUGAACGAAAUUUUAUAACGCCAGCACGUGCAAUAUCCGAUUUUCUACUGAAAAUGUCCGAUUUGGAAUCGUUACCGAAAACAAAACGACGUUCACCAUAUGAACAAGAACCACCAAUUAUUGUAUACUGGCGCAAAGAUGUUGAAGCCAAAGCAAUCGAAGUAUGGGGCUCACGUGAAAGUCUUCUGCGCGAAUGUUUGAAACGUGAAAUCGAACGGAAGCAACAUCAACAAAAUAUUUUUACGGUAAAACGACGACUCAGAGAUUAUCGCAGAGAAAUGGACCAUAGAACGACAGUCAAUAUCGAACCAGGUCUAAGAGGCCGAUCCGGUCGAGUAGUUGUAACCGCUAUUGUUAUAAAUGCCGUAAAUACCGUUUUCAAAUUAUUUGCAUGGCUGUACACCGGAUCACAUAGUAUGUUUGCUGAGUGCAUACACUCGUUGGCCGACACAACAAAUCAGUUAAUUUUAGCGUAUGGAAUUCAUAAAUCAACACAGACAGCUGAUCCGGAUCAUCCCUAUGGUUACACAAAUAUGAAAUAUGUAUCGUCGUUAAUAUCUGGCGUUGGAAUCUUUUGCGUGGGCACUGGCCUAUCGUUUUAUCAUGGAAUCAUGGGCUUAUUAACAACCGUACCCGUCGAAGAUUUCUUCUGGGCAUUUUGCAUUCUAGGCGGUUCACUGUUAUCCGAAGGCGCCACACUUUUGGUUGCCGUAAAUUCGAUUCGACAAUCGGCCAAAUUGGCAAAUAUGUCAUUUCGUGAAUAUGUGAUGCGCGGUGAAGAUCCAUCAGUAAAUGUAGUAUUAUUUGAAGAUGCUGCCGCUGUGGCCAGUGUCAUACUUGCCGCCAGCUGCAUGGGCCUGUCAACAUACACGGGAUCGUCCACACCCGAUGCCGUCGGUUCAUUACUAGUCGGAUGUAUGCUUGGUGGUGUGGCGUCAUUCAUCAUCUCAACAAAUGUCCAAGCACUUGUUGGACGAUCAAUACCGGCCGAACAAUUGGAUAAGAUCAAUGCUGAGCUGGAAAAAGACAUUAUGAUUCGAGCUAUUCAUGAUGUGAAAGGUAUCGAUAUGGGCAGUUCAUUAGUGCGGUAUAAGGCUGAACUCGAUUUUGAUGGCAGAGAGCUCACUAGAUAUUAUUUAGAAAAGCAGGACUUAAAUCAACUUCUUCAGGAAGUGAAAACUUUUACGACAGUAGACGAGCUAGAAGCGUUUAUUCUGAAACAUGGCGAGAAUAUUGUUGAUCUAAUGGGCGGGGAAAUCGAUCGAAUUGAAAUCAAAUUGAGGAAAAAAUUCCCCGAAGUGCGGCAUUGUGAUUUGGAAAUUUUGUAAAGAUCUUUGCUACGAAGAAGAACAUUAAAGUUGUGAAUGGAACAUGCUUAAGCAAUUUUUUUUUGUUUAUUUAAAUUGAGUAUUAAGGCAUCGAAAUGCACUUAUCGUUGCGUGGAGUAGAGAUUUACGACAACAAUAAUAACAGCAAGCAAAACUAUGUUUUCUUCCAUUUGAUUUUCGAAUUUGAAUUGUAAAGCUUCAAAAGUGUCCAGCAAAUUAACUGUUUAAUUUAUUGAAAAACCAACAAAAAGGAAUUUUAUGUUUCUGACCUUCUUUUUUUCCUAAAUAAAAUCUGUGGUUAAAUCUGAACUAUUCAAUAAACAAGACAAUGAAACGGAAA